CGGAUCCUAGAUCAGCACAUCGGCGGCGCACGCAACGCAUGCAUACACGAACGGUCAUGGGCACCCUCACAGAUAUCGUAGAGCUGCGAACGAGGAAGGGAUUCUCCGCUAACCAGUGAACCAUUUUUCUGUCGUCAAACGGAUCAAGCUUUUUGUGAGACUUGGAUCGAUCACAAAAAGCGGGAUUCGCUUUUCGCAUAGGAAUAUUGGCCUGACGAAGGAGCCGGCUGAACAAUUUUUUUCCACGCAGCUACGUCUCCCCGAAAAUCACCACUACAAUGGAGGAAAUGCAUCAACCACCGCAGGUCGGGCCUAACAUGAUGGCUGGUGUGGGUGGCGUUCCUAAUCAUUCAAAUAAUGUCAAUCGUCGUAAUAGAGUUCGCGUAACAUUACACGCCAUGAUGUUAGAGAAACUACCAUUGCACGAGGCGGCACGUUUGGAAAUGAAGUCGCUACCCAGCAAAACACCCGUCUCCGUUCUUCAGGAAUUGCUUUCCCGUAGAGGCACAAUACCCAAGUACGAGCUGGUCCAAAUCGAGGGAGCUAUUCACGAGCCUACGUUUCGUUACAGAGUCACCGUCACCGACGUCGUUGAUGCAGAUCCAAUUGUUUCAGCAAUGGGGACUGGCAGGUCCAAGAAAGAAGCGAAACACGCUGCUGCGAAAGCCGUGCUGGAUAAAUUAAUUGGAGUUAAUACCGAAGGCGUAGAAUCUCCACUUCCAAAUAGUUUACCUGAUUCACAAAAUUUACAAGAAUUACAGACGUAUGGAGAGGAGAAAAUAGUGAACAACCCAAUCGGAGCCUUACAAGAAAUGUGUAUGUCGCGCCACUGGCCACCCCCAAAAUACACGAUGGAGGGUGAGGAAGGUUUGCCUCACGAGAGGCAGUUUACUAUUGUUUGUUCAAUCUUAAAGUAUCGCGAGGUUGGCCAAGGAAAAAGUAAAAAGGUCGCGAAGAGGCAUGCCGCUCAUAAGAUGUGGCAGGCGUUACACGAUAUGAAUAACCAAGCUCCCAGUGUGGAUGAGGAUGAGAUUGUGCAAAGAAACGCAAACGUGAGCGCCCGUUAUGCCGAUCUGAAAGGUAGCAAAAUUUCGACACUGACAACAAUACAUAGUAUCCAAGUUUCGAAAUUUCACAAGAGUCUCAAGUCGUCCACAGGUGUUAAGCUUUUUCAACUGCAGAAUACUUGUUUCAACGAUGGGGAUGUAAAUUUGGUACAAUUUUUACAAGAAAUUGCGUCGGAGCAGCAGUUUGAAGUAACCUAUGUUGAUAUUGAAGAGAAAUCUAUCAGUGGUAAAUUCCAGUGCCUUGUGCAACUGUCUACCCUGCCAGUAGCAGUUUGCUAUGGUUGCGGUGCGACUAGUAAAGAUGCUCAAGCCAGUGCUGCUCAAAAUGCUCUGGAAUAUCUGAAAAUCAUGACCAAGAAGUGAGCCAGCGCUUUGCUCCUGCCAGCUGUCACCAUCACCUGCAAGCCCCACAAUCUGGCAUCUAACAA